AUGGGUAAGUCUGAGUCUAUGCAAUCGAGGACCGGCGGUGUGGGUUCCACCGCCACUUCAAGUUCCUCACCACGCGUUGCUACGCAAAUCUUUGAACUAUCGCAUCUUCCUCAGUUGUCUCAGCAUUGUAUUGACAUCGGAUUCGCUAUGACGAAGACUGUUGACGAAUUCACAGCGAAGCGCAUCACAUACGAAACUCCUGUGCUGGUCUCGACGGUCGUUGAGCGUUUGGACAAGGAGCUCAGCAAAGAGACCGGAGGACAAGCCGCGUUCCGCGUGCUUGCGACGGCCUCGUCCAAGGAAGAAAUAGAGAAAGAGAUCAACAAGAUCACGGGUGGAAAAGACUUUGCGUUAUUUUCUGUCCUCUCACACCAUCCCUGGUUGAAUGGUUGGUUCGGGAGGAAGGACACUCCGCAGACGUACCUGUAUACGUUGGGAAAUCCGCUGGUGGCCCAGACGAUGCUGCAGUACGACCUUUACACGGGACUUCACGUUCCCCCUAGGUUGCUGGUGCUCGAGAAAGCAGACCGGAGCGGGACGCAGAUCAUCUAUAUCCUCCCAUCGUCACUCAUCGCUGUCCCUGUUGGUGGCGAAGUCAACGAGCAGCUCAAGACAGCCGCCGAAGCUCUGGACGCGAAGUUAGAGAACUUGGUAGUGAGGGUUUCUGCCGUGUGA